AUGGCGACCGUGGGGGGUGAGGACCCCGCGGACGCUGAGCUCAGGGAGAACCGCUUCGCCUAUCUGCUGCAGCCUAUCCGCGACCUGGCCGCGAACUGGGACAUUGACAUCGCCGCGGAGCUCGAGGAGUACCUGGAGGAACUCGAGGGCAUUAGCUUUGCGAUAGAGGACUGCGGCCCGUCGCUCAACUUCGCGGAGGCCGCCCUGCUGAUCCAGGCGCGUGGCUAG